AUGGCACUAAAGAACAAGAAGAAGCUGGGUUUCGUCGCAGAAGGGGACGGAGCUAUCGGGGAGGCUGCACCUACAGCUAAUCCUGAAGCUUCGACAGCAGAACCCGAAGUUAAAGCAGUUCCGCAGCCUAAAGCGAAACAAACUCCUCUUUCUCCUUACACCAGCAACCCCAUCACAAUCAAUGUCGGGCCAGUGCCAGUGACCUACUACGUUCCAAGGCAUCUUCUCAAAUGCACAAAUUGGUCGACGGUUCCUGCUGGUGGGGAGAUCAGCUUGCCUACUAUGAGUGCGGAUACGGGACAUGUACUUGUGCAUUACCUCUACACCGGCAAAUAUCAGACGCUUGAGUCAGUGGUGAGUGAUAUCGCACAACAACCAGAGCUGGCUUUAAAACAAGCGCUUCUGGUAUAUAUGGCGUCGGUGACCCUCGCGCUGAAUGGACUGGAGCAAUUGGCCAAGAAAGAGAUCGAAGACCAUAGCGCUUCCAUGGAUUUAAAGACAAUUCUCGAUAUCACCAGGAGUGAAAUGCCGAAGAAGACUGAGCCCAGUGGCUGGAUCCAAGCAUACCUGAAAGACAAGACCCAGAAGGCUUUCGAGAAGGACCACACCGUCUUCGCAGACGAUGCCUUCUGUGCAAUUCUGUGUAAACACAGUAAGCUGAAUGAUCAUGUGAUGCGUUCGGUGGUCAAGCUUCUGAGCGAGAAGUUGACCCAAGUGCUGGCGGGAAAAGAGGACAUUACCCAUGCACUAGAUGAGGUUCCACGUUCGCAGCCAGUAUCAGAGGAGGAGGUUGGCGGAAAAGACCUGUUUGCUGGCUUAAGCAAGUUGCAGAGGAAGAAGCUGGAAAGGAAAGUGGAACAGAUGAAAAAGAAGGAGAAAGCGCGACUUGAAGCGAUAGAAGCAGCAGCAGCAGCGCUGUCCCAGGGUGGUGUUAUCAACGACCAACGACUAGCUCUCGAUAUCGUUGAGGAGUCAGCUGCUAUUGAAGAGCCCGUGACUCGAUGGGAGGCUUCAGCCCCUGCUCCGGAGCCUCAGACAUGCUACGAAUCAUCUGUUCCUACGUUAGAAGCUGAGACUCACCAUGAAAACUCCAUGAAUUUCGUGGGUCCCGAGGAAAACCGACCUACAGCUGAGCCUCCGAAGAGCGUCUGGGUUGAAUACGUUCCUCCGCCGCCUCCAAAGAAUGAGACUAUUUCGGCGAGGAAGAACAGGUUGCGUCAAGAAAAGAAGGACAAGGAGAAGUGGGACAGAGAACAGCAGGAGCGCAUUGACCAGGAAGAGAAAGAAAAACCCUGUGUGGGGCCGGUCUCUACAACCCAUGCUUGUUGGGAAGACUCAGGUCUUACCGCCGAGUCUGAUUCUUCUUGGGAACCAGCAGUACCUUCCAGUCCCCUUUGCUGA